AUGGCGGCUUCCAUUGAGAGUUUACUGGCAGAAAUCGCCGAUGUUGAAGAUCCAAUUGACGAGUUACAGAGUUUAAAAACCGCUUUACUAUCGAUACCUCUCAGCGCGUUGAGAGACUCUGUGAGCGGACAACGUUUCAAUGUGAUAUUCUCUCUGUUGCUCUCAAAUGAAAGGGAGCAGGUCGAGCUCUGUGUGGAAAUCCUUGAACGCAUCCUAUUGGCCCUGAGCCCUGUGUCCCUGGCUCAGAACUAUAGAGUGGAGCUGCAGGGAGGUCUGACCCAUCCCAAUGAAACUGUUAAGAUACUGGCUGUGACACAGAUUUGUAGAAUGGUAGGGCACCCAGAGGCUGCCACAGAAAUCCUCAACAACCAUGACAUUCUUGGAGCAGUGAUCAACUGCAUUGGAGAGGAGAACAUGGCCGUAGCGAAGCAGGCCAUCAAGUCCCUAUCCAAACUGGGUCACUCCAAGCCUGGGUUAGACAUGUUGUUCCAGAGCGACCUGCUAAAAGUUAUGAAGGAAGUGAUGGCCACAAGUGACAUAGUCAGAUACAGAAUAUAUGAGCUGGUGGUGGGAAUCUCGUCUGUAUCUCCCAUUUCCCUCGGUUACUGUGCCAACAGCAGCUUAAUUUCUGAACUGAUUGGAGAACUGACCGGAGAUGAUCCAUUGAUCAGAGCCACAGCCAUUGAGAUGGUGACCACUUUAGCCCACAGCCAGCAUGGCCGGCAGUAUUUGGCCCAGCAGGGUAUAAUGGACAAGCUUUCCAACAUGAUUAGGGGAGCAGAGAAUGACCCCUUCUCCUCCCUCUACCUUCCUGGUUUGGUGAAGUUCUUUGGAAACCUGGCCCUGAUGGACAGCCCACAGCAGGUUUGUGAAACCUACCCAGCCUUCCAGAAAAAGUUGUUGGAGAUGGCCCUUGACCUGGAUCCGGCAAUGAUCGGUGUAGCUCUGGACACUUUAGGCCUACUCGGAUCUACUGUGGAGGGCAAGCAGGUCCUUCAAAAAGCAGGAGAAAAGUUCAAAGCUGUGUGGACAAGAAUGAGCAAGCUCGCCAGCAGUGGAGCUACAGCGCUCAGAGUGCGCAGCUUGGAUGCUAUAUCGCAACUUCUCACACUAGAGCCAGAAGAGCAGACAGACGACCUGUUGGCCCUCACAGAGUCCUGGCUCCAUCUUUUGUCUAACCAGCCCAUGGACAUGAUCCGCAACAUCAGCACUCAGCCGUUCCCAGAGCUGCAUUGUGCGGCUCUUCGAAUAUUCACCGCCAUUGCCACUCAGCUGUGGGGUCAGAAGUUAAUGAUCAGCACUCCCAGUUUCAUGGAGUUCGUUUUGGAUCGUUCAUUGGGUCGGACAAAGGAUACCAAAGAUGUGAAGUGUGAGCUGGUGGAGUCACUUGUUGGUUCAUCAACAGCAGCAGAGAUACUGGGCAGCCAGUAUUACAUUCGUCUUAAGACUUAUCUCAGAGAGGGACCGUACUAUGUUACACCUGUGGCCACCGUUGGCACAGAAGGAGCAGACUAACUCAAAUACACUUCAUGGGUCUAGUUGCUUAAGUAAUGGUUAAGUGCCAGAAUAGUCUAGCCGUGGGUUAACAUGCAAAACUCUGCUUUAAAAAAAAGUAAUUAUCUGAUAAAUACAUAAAGUGGUAAACAUUUCACUAAAACCCUGUGAGGUUUUCCGCAGUAAUUGACCAAAAUGCUGAUGUUCAACAGUAUACAACUCGACUGCACCAAGAAACUUUAAGUCCUAAAAGGUGAUUUAACUGACAAAAUAUUUGGAAACAAAUGAGUAUUACUUGUUUAGCCUUACGGUGUCAUUUUAUUUAGUGCAUCACACUAUCUCCACAUAUGACAAGAAGUCAACAAGGUGACAUGAUAUGUUAACACAUGUUUAGCAACUGAGUUUUUGCCAAUUACUUGAGCUCUAACUAAAGAGGCUCACAAGAUCUAAAAAUGGGGUGUCAAAUGUUUACCAUCCAGGCUCUUCUACACAUUCACAUCAUAUACUGCUCACCAAAUCCCUCAGACAUUUUUUGUGUAAAAAAUAUUUUUGUUUAACAAAUGGAAUACUUUUUUGUAAUAAAAGAGGAUGGAGUGUGAAAAAAGA